AUGUCGGUAUUUUUCAAAGACAUCUCUCCAGACAACCCGGUCAGAAAGGGUGACGCUGAAGCACUCCUUGAGAAGCACCUUGGCGUACAGCUUGACCCCAAAGAAUCUAAUGACUAUUACGAACUUCUAGCCGCCGUACACGACUGCGCGGAGCAUAUUUCAAGUCUCCCCGAUUACCAACCAAUCCCCGAUGAGCAACGGUACCCCCGAGAAAAUAUCCGCCGACCGCGAGGUGAAGAGCAAUUACUCGGCGAGGCGUGGGCGCACAAAUUCCUGAUCCGGGGCUCACAGAGCAGCAAGAACAGUGCGCCCCAUCUAGCGGGAAAAACUGCCAGCAUAAAGGAUUGCAUCGCCGUGGCUGGCGUGCCUCAGUUCUACGGCAGUGACGCGUUCGAACCAUGGACACCGGUUACCGAUGCCACGGUGGUGACGCGUGUGCUGGAUGCAGGAGCGGAUAUCAUUGGAACGUCAACCUGUGAGCACUUCUGCAAUUCUACGGCAUCGUUCACGAGCGCUCAGGGAACCGUCGAGAACCCUCACGGGACGGGGUAUUCGGCAGGUGGAAGCACUUCCGGGGGUGCAGCGCUGGUGGCUGCUGGGGUUACCGACAUCGCCAUUGGUACUGACCAGGGAGGGAGUAUCAGAGUUCCGUCGGCCCUUUGUGGAUGUGUCGGGCUCAAACCAACUCACGGAUUAAUUCCCUUUACGGGAAUUACAAGCGGUGAUCCCAUCGACGACCACGCCGGUCCCAUAGCCCGUUCAGUACUAGACGUAGCUAGGUGCCUAGAUGCUAUGGCCGGGUAUGACGGUAUCGACGAUCGGUCGUUGGGUGCAGGAAAGCACGGGUCCUUUGGAUUCAGCGAGUCUCUUCAGUCAAGUGCAGAACUACCUCCGAGGCUCAAUGGGAUUAGGAUCGGCAUCCUGAUCGAAGGAUUUGAACAGAGCGUGGUGACCUCAGACGUCAAAGGCGUCGUGCGCGACGCGAUCAAAAGAUUCGAGGAACUGGGCGCGAUGGUGAAAGAAGUCUCCGUGCCAGACCAUCUCGAGGGCCCUGCGAUUUGGACGAUUCAGCAGCGUAUCUCAGGAGCCCUAGGAAUCAUCGGGAAGGCUCACGGGAGACGAGGUCUCUACCUCACUGAAUUUGAGCAAGCGCGCCUGCCUUGGACCACAGAGAAUUUUGCCCGCCUAUUCCCGUCGACGAAGAACACCGUCAUCAACGGGCUAUAUCUUGCCGAUAAGUUCCCCGGGUUGUACGGCCGGACGGUCAACAUUAGUCGGCGGAUACGCGAUGCCUACGAGCGCGUCCUCUCCGAGUUCGAUGUGUUGGUAAUGCCUACAACCCCCUUCGUUGCCCCAAGGCAUGGAUCUCGCGCCCCGCCUAAGGCGUCAUUCGAGCCUAGCAUUGGGUUGACGACGAACACUGCCGUAUUCGACGUCACGGGACACCCGGCCUUGUCGAUCCCUGUCGGAUGGGCCCCUGCGAAGGAUGAUUCCAGCCUUCUUUUGCCCGUCGGGAUGCAGAUCGUGGGCGCGCUUUGGCAGGAUAGGAAAGUCUUGCAAGUAGGACAUGCUUGGGAGGUCAACUUCGACUGGAAGACUAGAGUCUCGCGUGAAAAUGGCGACUUGGAACCAAAGACAAAUGGCCACUCAGUGGCAAAUGGUGCAGGUAACGGUGUGGUUAAUGGCGAUGACCAUUAA